GUGACCUUUUUGCCGGUAUUAUGUGGCUGGUUAGCGGGAAGAACACGUCGUCACUUUCCAUUUUCCUUCUUCUUUUCGAUUUGGAGCUCUCGAUUUCGGGGAAUUCCUACAUUCUCUUCUUCCAGAAAGACUACACGCCAUACUUCGCAUCGAAGAAGGAGAAGAAAUUGCGAUUCGAAGAUGAAAAGAGGACUUUCGACUUCGUCAAUUUCUUCCCUACUGUCGCUGAGGUUCACUCGUCAACAAUUUUCAUCUUCAAAGUUCGGCGUUGAUCCACUUCGUCUUCGAUUCCUCUCUUCAUUUACGAAGCCUCCAGGGCUAUUAGAUAAGUACAGGGUUCUAGUUGAGCGAGGGGAGCUACAACACGAUCCUUUUCAAGAGAGAGUGGCUUCCGAAUUGGAGAGUUUGCUUGGAAGGUUGGAGCAAUAUGAAAAGGAUAUGGAAGACUAUCAUGUAAAACUAGCUGAGUGGGAGCAGAAUAGGGAGAAGGAGAGGCGCAGACUUUUAAUGGAGGAAGCUGAAUCUAAACAACAGGGUGAUGCAGUAAACAAGCGCAGAAGCAAACUUUUUGAAACAUUGAUGUUUCGGAAAAAGGCUGAAAAUAUUGAACCCGGAGUUGGAAAAUGGGUUUCUUACCUUAACCGGGAGAAGAAGUUGGAUUCACUUAUAGGUCGCUGUCCUGCUGCUCCACAUGCUCCUAGAGGACUGUACAUAUAUGGCAAUGUUGGAAGUGGGAAGACAAUGCUCAUGGACAUGUUUUUCAAUGCUACUCAAGGAAUUGUUAAACAUAGACAAAGGUACCAUUUCCACGAGGCUAUGCUUAAAAUUAACGAAGAUAUGCACAAGAUAUGGAAAAAUCAAGUGAGGGAGAAAUCUUCACAAUCAAGCUUUUCGAGUUGGAUUAUGAAUCUUCCAUUUGAUACAAAAGUGAAGGAGUGGUUGGCUGGAGAAGAAAAAUACAAGCAAGAGGUACAGAUGAAACACAUUCUUCCUGCUGUUGCUGAUAAAUUUCUUAUUGAUCAGCAAGCGGGCCAUGUAGGAGCUAGCAUUCUUUGCUUCGAUGAGAUACAGACAGUUGAUGUAUUUGCUAUUGUGGCCUUGUCUGGAAUUAUAAGCAGAUUGUUGAGUACUGGAACAGUUCUUGUAGCCACAAGCAAUCGAGCUCCAAAUGACUUGAAUCAGGAUGGGAUGCAGAAGGAUAUCUUCCAAAAGUUUGUUAUCAAACUGGAGGAGCAUUGUGAAUUUGUUCUUAUUGGCAGUGAGAUUGACUACCGGCGCUUUAUAGCACAAAGGUCUUUUGACCAGGUGCACUAUUUCUGGCCUUUAGAUUGCACAUCAGUGAGGAAAUUUGAAAAUAUGUGGGUAGAAGUCACCAGCCAAUUGGGAGGACAAAUCACCUCUGAAACUGUUCCUGUGAUGUUCGGAAGAAAAUUGGAGGUGCCAGAAAGCUGCAAUGGAGUGGCACGAUUUGCAUUUGAUUUUCUCUGUGGUCAACCGGUAGGUGCUGCAGACUAUAUUGCCUUGGCCAAAAACUACCACACUGUCUUCAUAUCCAACAUCCCAAUAAUGAGUAUGCGCAUUCGUGACAAGGCCCGGCGGUUCAUCACUCUCAUUGAUGAGCUAUACAAUCACCAUUGCUGCCUAUUUUGCUUGGCAGCUACGUCAAUUGAGGAAUUAUUUCAAGGGACUGAAGAGGGUGCGCUUUUUGAUUUGGAGAGUUUUCAGUUUGAAACAGAGGCAGAAGGGGGAAAGCUUCGUCGAAACGUCCUAGUGGAAGGAAAUGUAGGAUCAGUGGGUGCUCCAACUGCAAUUGUGUCAAUGCUAUCUGGUCAAGAAGAGAUGUUUGCAUUCCGUCGAGCUGUUUCUCGAUUGAUCGAGAUGCAGACACCUUUAUACUUGGAGGGAGUGCGGAACAUUCAUCCAUAUUUCCAAAGACGAGAACAAGAAUCAUCAGUUGAUCCUCCAGCCCCCAGGUUUCAGUUCCAUCAAUUAUCUUGAUUUUAUAAGGUACUCUCCUCCAUCGUUCAAAUUCUCUCUAAUCUCUCAUGUGGGGAUAAAAUAAGGGGAAUAGAUAGAGAUAGAGAACUCUCCAUCCAGAUUACAAAAUAGGAUAUAUAUAUUUAAUUUUUAUUCUAUUGCUUCUGAGGCCUGUUAUAAAAAUCACAUUAACUAAUAUAAUUGAAUAAAGCUUUAAUAAUCCUCAUUGCCUUUA